ACAACAUCUCAACCUGAACCUGAACUAGGCUAAGUGUGUUCUAAGAUUUAUUUAUGAAUUUUAAAAAGCAUAUGAUUUUAACUUGAAUAACUUUUUCAUAGAAAGAAGAUAGACUAUAACUUUUCAGUAUAACAUCCAUAUCAACAUAUCGGUAACUUAUUUAAUAGGUUAUGUUUUAAAUAUAGGCCCUAUUUGGUCUUGUGUGGGUCAAUAUGGAUUUUUUGCACUUAGUUGGAAUGUCAUUUACUUGCCUAGCUUUCGUUUCAAGCUCUGAAUGUAGCAGUAAACCAAACAAAGUCAAUGUACAUGGGCCAGGACUAAAACCUGAUAGCAUUGUAAUGCCAGCGAGAUAUUUCUUUGUGACCAUCAUUGAGAAGAGUCAAAGCAGACAUGAACAACCUGUUUUAGAACAUCUUAAAGUGGACAUCAAUGGCAAAAACAUUUAUCAGAGAAACUGCAGAGUUUGGACUAAUAUUCUAGAUAGAAAAGAUGGCUCAUUUAUUGUAAGAUAUAAACUUUACGAAACUUGUUAUGAUAUGGAAAUAAGUGUAAAAUAUGAAGGGAAUGAUGUUGAAGGCUCUCCAAUCAUAGUAGAAGGGGUCGUCCAGCCAGAUGACUGUUACUGUCCCUCCUCAUUACAAAAAUGGCUAAAGGACUACAACUGCCCUAAAAGCUAUGCCCAGAUUGAACAUGACCUUCAACCAUUCUCAACAGUUGACUUUACUGAAUUCCACGACCAUGUUGUGAGCUCCGUAAACAACUCAGGCAGCAUGAGUGUUUGUAAUUACGUUAUCAGGAAUAACCAGAUCUAUCGAAAAUGCUAUGGACAACACGUUGGAUUCAAAAUGUUCAUGGAUGCCACUCUGUCAUCAUUGGCACGCAAAGUCAAGUUGCCCGAUACUGAAAUAUUUGUUAACCUUGGAGAUUGGCCGUUGGUGCAAAAGGCUGCUGAAAAGAUUUUCCCAAUGUUUUCUUGGUGUGGUUCAAGACAGUCUUUAGAUAUAGUCAUGCCUACAUAUGACAUCACAGAGUCAUCGUUAGAAGCAAUGGGCAGAGUUAGUUUGGACAUGUUGUCAGUACAGGGAAAUAUUGAUCUACCAUGGAGUGAACGAGAACAGAAAGCUUUUUGGAGAGGUCGGGACUCUAGCAGAGAAAGACUCAAAUUGAUUGAGAUUGCGAGGAAACACCCAGAUCUUUUUAAUGCUUCCAUGACAAACUUCUUCUUCUUCCGAGAUGUCGAGCACAUCUAUGGCCCUAAGGAAAAGCAUGUCUCUUUCUUUGAUUUCUUCAAGUACAGGUACCAAGUGUCAGUAGACGGCACAGUGGCAGCGUACAGAUUGCCUUAUUUGCUGGCUGGUGGCUCCCUAGUGCUCAAACAAGACUCUCACUACUAUGAACACUUCUAUGGAGAACUGACGCCAUGGGAACAUUAUGUCCCAGUGAAACGAGACCUUUCAGAUCUUGUUGAACGUGUGCAAUGGGCACUAGACAAUGAUGAAGAAGCUCACAAAAUCGCUGUAAAUGGACAAAAAUAUGCAAGGGAGAAUUUACUACCAGACCAUAUCUUCUGUUACCACAUUGUACUUUUAAAAGAGUGGGCAAGAAGACUUCAAGGAAAUGUCGAGGUCCGUGAAGGCAUGGAAAAGGUUCCACAAACAGAAAAUAAGAAUUGUGUGUGCCCUCAACUUUCAGAAAUAGACUCAAAGCCAUCACAUGAAGAACUAUAAUUUUUUUAAGGGCAAAAACUCCAAUUUCAGUUUUGUUUGGCCUUUAAAGGCUAUAUGUGGAUAAUUAUGGGUACAGAUCAUAGCAAAGUGAUUGCUGCAUUUGGUUUUUAUAAGUUAAGUGGCAUAUAUUUAAAAUCAAAAUGUUAGUCCAUAUGAAUCUCAUACUUUAAUCAUAUAAACUACGUACUUUUAAAACAAAAAUGUGAUUGUCCCAUAAGGAAAGAGGGGGUUUUCAACCAUCAUUACAAUCACAUACUAAGGUUUUGGAGUUGGACUGUUCCCUUUCAAAACGUAAAAAUUCCAUUGGCCCGUAUGUAAACGUAAAAAAGAAACACACAAAAAACAUUUUGAGUUCUACCUUAACUUAGCAUUUACUUUAGAUAAUCUGGCUGUGAUAAUCCAUCAAAGAACUAUUUCUGCCUCAUGGCUUACAAAACAGUGAUUUAGACAGUUGAUUAAAUAUGCUAAUUAGAUUAGAAGUAUUGUUUUUCUUGUAUGAAUGCAUGUUGCCUCGUAAGUUGAGGAGUCAGUUUACGGUCUAAGUGGUACAGAUUAUUAUUGGAAGUGAAAAUUAGCAGAGUUAUAGCUAGAAAUACAUUAAAUGAUUUCUAUCCUUGAUAUUUCAUCUUCAAGUUGAUCCAACUGUUAUUUUGCAUUUGCAAAUACACAUACAGUAAACUCCCUCUUAUCCGGACUCCUAGGGACCAAGGCCAGUCCGGAUAACAGUUUUUCGGGUUAAACCGAUGUCCCCAAAAAACUAGUUAAAACGCACCGUUUGAAUGCACGCUGUAAGCUUAUACAGUAUUUGACUUAAAUUUAGGAGAGCAUUGUAUUUAGACACGUAAUCACUGGUCUCAAAUCAUUCCCACGAAAACAGUCGUUUCAGUACCGCCCACUUCCUGCCGAUCUAGUCCGGUUAAACCAAUGCGCUGAUAAAAAUUGUCCAGUUAAAGAGAUGUCAUUUCCGCCGAGUGUAGUGUUAAACCGAUGUCCGGUUAAAAGGUGUCCGGAUAAGAGGGAGUCUACUGUACUAUAGUAAUUAAUGAUCAAAACUUGGUCAGUCUAAAUCUUAACUGCCAUUAUAGGAUAUUUCAAUGCACUGUUCAAUGACUGCAAAUGCACAAACUUCAAACAGUGUUAAGGACUUGCGCUCUCUGUGAUCAUUGAUCAAAUUACUUUUAUUCUAUGUAGAUACUAUGGGAUUAUUUAGUUUAUGUUAAGACUUUUACCUCAGUUACUAGUAAGUUACUUUUGAAAUGCUGAAGUAUUUUGCUGUUUUGUUAGAUUGAGAGUUAAGACUUAUUAUGCAUAUGCAAUGCAUUUAGUAGGCAAAUGUUUGUUGAAUGUAAUUCACAUUUACAAUAGACUUAGUAAUCCAGCUCCUCUUGUGGUCUGUAUAACAUUCAAUGUUUUGUAAAAAUUAAUUUUUUGUAAUCCUGAGACACGCAAAGCUAUCAAUGCGUUUGUCAAAUAGUUGUGUACACGGUAACUUGCAAUUUGCUGUAACGAAGAGCAAUAUCAAUUCCAAGUUAAUUUUAACUACCAAGACAUUACACAAUUUCAUCCUUUGUACGACACAUUAAAACUGCAUUAUGACGGCUCAAUAAUUCUAUAGGGUUAGAUUUUGUUUGGUGUUAGUUAACAUCUAGGAUUCAAUGGUCAUACUAUUGUAAGCGAAAUUUAAUUUUCAGAGCUUUGUGAUCACAUAUCGUUUUUUAUUAACAAAAGUCUGUUGUAUAUUAUAUUAUAUAUUUCAU